UUAAAGUGCUGGUUAAUUGCCGCGCAGCUGGGGGAGGGGAACCGGUUUGAUACAGCGGACUGGGGGUUUGAACCAGGGACGGCUUCUUUCCAGUAAAGGGGGGCAUCGCUGGCUGCACUGUGGGCUCUUCCUGUUAAUCCCAGAUCGGACCAUAUAAACAGGUAUAACGCGGAGAGGACGUUCAAUCAAUCCACGCCGCAAACCUUGGAUUAGGAUAAUACACUCUACUCCAUCAAAAAUGAAGGCAGAUAUCAUCUGGAUUUACAAACUUUUCUUGUGUGUUGUGCUCGCUGUGAAUUCAGAGUGCAGGAAGCAGUCGUUACAGCAGUACCAGAAGAGUGAGGACACCAGGCUGCUGUGUCCAGAUUGCCCCCAGCCCUCCAUGGUCAAGAACAGCCGCUCGCUGGAGCACUGUGCUCGCAAGUGCAGCAAGAACAAGAAAACCUUCACCUGCAGGGCAUUCUACUUUGACCAUCAAAACAGGAAAUGCCACUUGCUUCCCUUUGACCGCUUCAUGGACAGUGCUCACAGGGAACACAGGGUGAACUUUGACCUUUAUGAGAAAAAAGAUUAUGUGAGGGAGUGUAUCAUCGGUUCCGGGGUGAACUACAAAGGCAGGAGGGCGGUAACCAAGGCCAAGAUUCCCUGUCAGUCAUGGGCUGAAUCCUUCCCUCACGAACACACCUUCCAGCCGGCGAGACUAGGCAAGAAGGACCUGAACGGGAACUUCUGCCGUAACCCCAAGAACGAGAGCAGUGGGCCCUGGUGUUUCACUACAGACCCAGAGGUCAGGCACCAAGAGUGUGGCCUGCCUCAGUGCUCCCAAGUGGAGUGUAUGAGGUGUAACGGGGAAGACUACAAAGGGCCGAUGGAUCACACAGAGAGUGGGAAGGAGUGUCAGAGAUGGGAUUCAUCCAAGCCCCACAGACACCCCUACCAACCUAAAAAGUACCCUGAUAAAGGGCUGAAUGACAACUACUGUCGGAAUCCGGACAACCGUUUGCGUCCGUGGUGUUACACCAUGGACCCACAAACACCCUGGGAGUACUGCAACAUCAGUGUGUGUGACCCAGGUAAUGACUCUGAUGUGGAUGCUACAUCGUCGUGUUUCAGGGAGCAGGGACAGAGUUACCACGGUACUGUGAGCGUCACCCCAUCGGGCGUCACAUGUCAACGCUGGGACUCCCAGUUCCCCCAUAACCACACCUACAGCCCGCAGAACUACAAGUGCAAAGACCUGAGAGAGAACUACUGUCGGAACCCAGAUGGUGCAGAGAUCCCAUGGUGCUUCACUACAGAUCCUAACCAGAGACUAGCCUUCUGCACCCAUAUACCCCGGUGUGAGACAGAGAACAUCGACACAGAAGAUUGUUAUGAGGGCAAUGGAGGGAAUUACACAGGCAAUUUAUCCAAGACCAGAUCAGGAAUUCCCUGCGGACUCUGGGCAAAUCAUAGCAACAGUGGAGAAUCUAGUGUGGGUCUGGAGAGGAACCUGUGUAGGAAUCCAGACCAGGAUAAGCACGGUCCCUGGUGUCACACUACAGACCCCUCUAUCCCAUGGGACUACUGCAAGCUCAAACGCUGUGAUAAGUCUCCGAACAUCUCUGCCCACCCAAGAAGCAUCUCUCUCGUGUCUAAGACAUCCUGCUUCAUCCACAAGACCACCCGGAUUGUUGGAGGGGCCCAGGUCCACAAGGCCAAGGAUGGUAGCUGGGUUGUCAGCAUCCAGAAAGGGAACACUCACUGGUGCGGGGGCUCGCUGAUCCGAGAGGAAUGGGUGCUGACGGAUCAACAGUGCUUCUCCUCCUGUGUUCCAGACCUGAGUGAGUACAGUGUACAGGUGGGCCUCCUUCACCUCAACUCGUCCUUGGACCACCCCAGGCUCCGCAUCGCACACGUGGUCUGUGGCCCGGAGGGAUCCAACCUGGCCCUGCUCAAACUGGCCAAGCCUGCCCCUCUCUCUGAGCAUGCCUUCACCAUCCAGCUCCCAGUAGCAGGCUGUGGGGUCACAGAUGGAACCAACUGUCUCAUGUACGGCUGGGGAGAGACCAAAGGGACAGGAUAUGAGGGGGCACUGAAAGCUGUGAGUCUGCCCAUGGUCAGUAACGACUGGUGUUCUGAGCUCCACAACAAAACCCUGCCUGUCACCGACAGCAAAGUGUGUGCCGGGGGAAGGAAAGACCAGGGAGUGUGUGAGAGAGACUACGGUGGCCCAUUGGUGUGUCAGGAGCGAGAGAGCAAAGUCAUCGUGGGCGUGAGCAUCCACGGCCGGGGCUGUGCCCUGGCCCGGCGGCCCGCCAUCUUCGUCAAUGUGGCCUACUACUCGGGGUGGAUCCACAAAGUCUUCAUACACUACUCCAGGUUGGAGGAAAAACUACUGGAAGAAGCACAGACCAAACCGCUCCAUUCAGGACUGUACCACUAGCCUGCAAGAGGAGGGGUGGAGCAUUCAGGACUGUACCACUAGCCUGCAAGAGGAGGGGUGGAGCAUUCAGGACUGUACCACUAGCCUGCAAGAGGAGGGGUGGAGCAUUCAGGACUGACCACAGCACUGUAAGAGGAGGGGUGGAAUAUUUAGGACUGUACCACAAGCCGGGAGGCUGGAGAAUGAUCUCUCCAACAGAGGAUGCCUAACUAACAAGACGGUUGGGAGAUGUAAGAAUGAGGAAACUGACUUUAUGGGAAGUAGCCAUGUUGGGGCUUCGUGGCUGGACGUCGCCUCAGUUUUGGGAGGGGAAAACCACCAUGAAUGGAAAAUAUAUUUUGGGAUGUUCAGAGGCUGGGAAUACAAUGACAUGUUCAGAGAGGCUGAAAAGGAUAUGAAGGAUUCUUAUAAUAUGCAAAUUGAUUAAUGCAGGACCAGGUUGUUACGCCUUGAUCACACUGAUAGCGUCAAUAUGCAAAGUAGUACCUAGCAUCAUUUGGAUUGUGUGCAAGAAAAGUUCAACAUUCACCUUCUGCUACCAUUUCUGUCAAGCUGUCUAUGCAUACAAUGUGAUGCAUACCUUGAUAAAUCCAAGGUAUGCACCACAAAGAACACACUGCAACUGCCUCUGUACCAAAAUGUAUUGACGCUGUCUUUGUGAUUGAGGCAUAAGCUUUAAUAACAUUUCUAAACAAUAGUUUCUAGGACAUGGAAAGCUUAUUUUUUGGGGUGAAAUAUAUGAAUACUCUUAAGCCAUAAAGAUGGGUGAAUUGAUGUGUUCUCUCACUCCGCCCACAAGACAAUAGGAAUGGUAUGGAUGACUCAGUAUUGUCUCCUGGAAAAUACUUGAAUUUGAUCAGAACCAAAACCAGAGCCAUGCGAGGAGAGAUCCAGACAGGACUUGGUACGGUCCGUGGCUACUGGGUCACGUUGAGGGCACAUGAUGUAAUGGCUAGAAGUUCAGUCAUUCAGAAGUUACCACUUGGUGAAUGGUGAGAGUUAGGACCUGUCUAGAAACAACCUUUUGCAAGCUAAUAGCCCUACUCCCCAGGUACUGGUGUAGAGCAGUGUAUACCAACUCCAGUCCUCCAGUGCCCCCAACGGCACACAUUUCUGUUGUGGACCCAGACAAGCACACCUGAUUCAAUUUUUCAGCUAAUCGUCAAGCCCACCUCGAGUUGAAUCAGGAUUGUCCAGGGAUACAACAAAAAUGUGUGCUGUUGGGGAUACUUGAGGACUGGAGUUGGUAUACACUGCUCUACACCAGUCCCUGGGGAGUAGGGCUAUUAGAUUGCGGCUAUGAGCAAAAGGUUGUUUCUAGACAGGUCCUAACUCUCUCCAUUCACCAAGUGGUUGUUUUUGGAAAGCCUGUUCAGUAACUAUUACCUAACUAAUGCUAAUGCUAACAGUUACUUAGCCAAACGUUAGCAGUUAGCCUACAUGGCUAACAUGUCUCCGGUUUUUGAGGGAACUCUACACUAGCCCCUGGUGGGCUGCGUGUACGUUAUGUGGUCAGAGUACACAUUUAGAAGUUUCUUAUUGAGUGUAUUUCUGGCACUCUGUAUUAUUUAAUAGGUCUUAUAGAUCUGGGCCUUUCCUUGGCUCACUCACACCAGACGUCAGUGGAGUUGCUUCCUCUCUACACUGUGUUUUCUAUUUAAACAGAUUAGAACGUAGUGUGCAGUCUAUUUAUUUAUUUGUAUACAUCUGGCCCUCGUGAGAGGGCGCCAGCGAUUGACGUCGACAAAGCGACACGUCUCGCUAAUAGAAGAUGUGAAGAUUAUGGCGGCUUUUUAUUUGAUACAUGUUCUGUCAAUCAUUAUUAUUGGAGGUACACUGAAUGGCCAUACGGAUUACAUGAAAAGUAUGGGUUGUGUUCCAAAACAUACCACUUUGUCAGUCAUUUGUCUUCUAACAAUACUGACAUGCAGUAAGUGUAAUGACAUAGGGGAAUGUAAUAAUUUCAGUGCUGAAAACCAGUCAUGACAUCAUUUUUAUAAUCACAGAAAGCAGAUGUGUCUGUAUGACUAAUGAUCUCUUCAAACUGGGCCCCUAAGAAGACUUAGAAUUUCACCCAAUUUCUAUAUCCUAAAAUAUUCAGUGUGUUAGGUUAAACUAUCUCACAGUAUUUGACCUGUUCAGUGCCUUUUUUAGGUGGACAGGAAUCAAUAGUGUACAAUAGAAUUGGCGCAGAGAUCUGUGAGUGUAUUUUACUGUUAUGUAAAUAGGAUGUAAAGUAGUGUGUGUAAAAAAAACUAUUUUCCACUUCCAAUGUCUAUUUACAUAGUUUUUUUACUAUAUAUGGUCACUCUGUUCAUAAACUUGUAUACUGUAAACUCUAUAACAGCUGCUAUUUUUAAAGGGUCGGGUUGGGUCUUAAUAUUAUAUACUAUAUGAUUUUGUUAUAUUCACGUUUUAAUAUUACAUUUACAGUGUAAAUUACAGCUUGUUUCACUCUUUUUGUCUGUGUGUCUGUGUGUCUGUGUGUCUCCUAAAGUAAACCUUCAGACAAAGAUUCUUGCAGCAAUACAGUUUUCUGCAACGCAUACCCUCUCAACACAAUUCAAGAUAUUCUGGGUCAAGUUCUUACUCUGGGUAUUAUUUUCCCACUUUCCAUGUCAAUCAUAUCAAUAAGACCUCAGUCUAUGGGUUUUGGAUGGCCACCGUCCACCAUGACCCAGUUCCUGACCAGAGGAUGAGCGGCAACGUUUGGUUAAUGCUUACAUAAUGUUUGGGCAGCGCUAGAGAUGUUCAGUUCACGCUUAGACAGCAAUUGGGCAACACUAGACACCGUGGCAUGCUUCUUCUGUCAUGUGGGGUUCUCAUUUGAUACAUGACCCCUCGGUGCUGAGGAGAAAAUGGCCGACAUGUCAGCGCUGACCUCAGCCUCAUCCGCGGUGGCUUGUCACGAACCAACCCCAAGGCUUUGUGCCUCAUCAUAACGGGACGUGAAAUAGCUUUUUCCCCCGCUUUUUCCGGACUAACAGCCCAACAGUCAAUAGGUCACGUCUGGUGCUUCUGGGAAAUAAAUCCAUUUAAAAGAUUUGUCUGUUGGGUAAAUUCACAGUGGUGUAAAGUACAUUAAAUUAUUACUAAAGUCGUUUUUGGGGGUAUCUUUACUUUAUUUUUUUGACUACUUUUACUUCACUACAUUCUAAAGAAAAUGAUGUACGUUUUACGCCAUACAUUUUCAGAUUACGGUAUGAAUGACACCCAAAAGUACUUGUUACAUUUUGAAUGCUUAGCAGGACAGGAAAAUGGUCUAGUUCAUGUCCUUUUCUAGAGCUCAUCCCUGCUGCCUCUGAUCUGGAGGACUAAACUCACAUGCUUCGUUCGUAACUGAUGUUGGAGUGUGCCACUGGCUAUCCG